AUGCUCCAUCAAUAUAAUUUAUUUGAGAAUUAAACCAUUCAAUCUGAAAAAUACACAAGAACCCAAAUUUACCAAUACAAACACUCUACUCAAUCAAAAUCCCUUCUAGAAUUUGCCUAACCUGAUUUGCCAAUCAAUUAUCACACUUUCUGCAUAAUUGUGGAAACUUCUUUUCCAAAACUUGCCUUCCUAAAAACAGCUCUAAACAGGAAAAUAUCAACCAUGACUCUACUCUUAAGAAGGUUGCAGUCAUAUUAAUGAUAAUAAUAAUC